AUGGAUGAAAGUCGGAUGUACGAAAUUCCAGUGUGGGUAGAUGAGACCCAGAAGUGGCUCUCCGGCCUUUCGAAACGGACCACGUGUGACGACAUCAUCUACGCUAUCCUCUACAACGAGAACCGGCACGAGACAGAAAACACCGACUCUUACAUGAUCUUCGAACGCUGGAAAGGCGUUGAGAAGGCACUUCAAGGACGGACCAAGAUCCUUCGAGUCUGGCGGAACUGGGGUUCAGAACAGGCAAACGUCCAAUUCUUAAUGCGUCGGGUCGACGAUAUAGCUCCUUCGGGCGAAUACCUGAUCACAAAGCGCCGUUACAAAAAAUGGCGCCAUAGGCGACGUUAUGAACAUUGCCUUUCCCAGCAGACUACAUGCCAGGGACACUGUUAUGCCUACAGGACACAAAGCCAGAGCUUUUUGCCUGGCAAGUGCCAUGAAAGGCGACACGAUUAUCCACCCGAGAAAAGCCUAGGACUUAGAAAAAACGGGGACGCCCUUGACCACGACAAACUACGACACUUACAGAAGUUAAUUAGGAGCGUCAUGAUGCAGGAGAAAAAAAUAAAGUCGAUGGCCAACCGUCUGGAAGAAACGGAACUUUUAAUCGAGAAUUACGAGGCGAAGAUACACUUCUAUCGUACGCGAAAGAAAGGCGUUAAUUACGUCCAGCGGUCGCUUCUUCACGAUAGCACGAGCACUAGCGAGGACUCCUUGGAUGAUUUCAUCAGCAUUGAGAAUAUAGACCUCCUCGAGAAAUACGUGGAAGCCUGCGACCAAUUAAUCAGCGUCUGGGAAUCGCUAAUUUCCGAAGAAAACACGAUUGAAAACUUGGUGUCGCUUAUCCGUCAAUACGGGAUAGAACCCUGCAUGGUGCUACCCGAAUGCGACCAGCAUUACAAUAGGGAAAGGAUAAAAGGGCUACGGUUAGGCUUAAGGUCUGAGGAGAGUGAAGAAAUUUUGAUGGUGCCGUGGAACGUGUCUACGUCAACAGCAGACAACGGAACUGACCCCGAGAUAGAAGCAGUUAAUACCGAAUUUAACCGUGUAAUGACGGUAAGUGUGAUCCAAAAUAUAACAUCGGAACAACUGGACAAAGAGAUGAAAAAAUACGAAAAGCAACUGGAAGAGAAAGGGCGUUUAAUUGCGAACCUUGAACACGAACUCAGAUCGACGGAGCCCGAGCAUUCGGUAGAAGGACCGUUACGGGAAUCGGGGAGUGGCGGCCAUUUUGAGUCAUGUGUUACUGUUCCAGAAAAAUGUGGAGUCGCGGCUCCGUGUAUUGAAAACGAUUUUGAGGUGAGAGUGGUGGCUCAGCCGCUAUCUCUGGCGUCGUGUCCACUGCCGGAGAUGCCAGAGACAGGAGUCAGUGCAAACGGUGUAGUUGUUAAUGGUGAACGGCGGAAAGCAAGUGAUAAAAUAAAUGCGCCCCCUGGCGGUCAUGUUAAAGAUUCUUUGUUUUCAUUUAGUCAGUCUUUUGUUAAAAACGUGUCCUCAACGGAGGGAUACACAGAAACAUUUCCUCCAGACAGCGAUAAAGGUAGUCACCAUAAACACACGAGCAGUAGUAUUGUCGAUAACACAUGUGUAAACAAUAACAACAUAAGUAACACCGGCAAUAAUGGCAAUAAUAAUAAUAAUAAUAAUAAUAAUAAACAAUUAGCAACAUCACGUCAAGGACCGCGUGUUGGAAUAAUAGGAGGCGCUUUGCGGUCUGAUUUUAACAGAACGAAAAGCAAACGUGACUGGUUAACGGUUCUACCCUCAUUGGACAAAAACGAAAGUCAAGAGAAGGUAACGCGAAACAGCGACCUCCCCCGUGCCCAGACUUUAGCGCCAGUGUCGGACGUAACAUCAAAGACAGCCAAAGAUACGGAAGACGACAUACAAGACCGACGCCAAACAGACGCAUCCGUCUGCAUUAGCCAACAUCAGCAUCCGUCCGACUAUCAGUGCCAGCGCCAAGCGGUCGAAGAACGAAAACGCGCUGCGAAUUCCAACCUGACUCCUCAGCCGGAACUGUUUCUCACGCCAGAAAACGGUUCCAGUGUAUCGUGUACCAUUUUUAAAUUGGACAAAUCAGACGACACCGACUCGACGUCGGACACGGGCCUGGGGUCAAUGAACAGUGAUGAAUUUAAUAAUAGUCCCAUGGAAACACUUGUAUAA